AAUGCAUCGUUGCGUGGUAAGAACGGGCGGUGCUGCUGCAGCACAGGUACACUUUGCUUCCUGAACACAGCCAAAGCGGCCUUUUUCACCACUCCUGGAUCCAAAAAAUCUUACAAUUUUAAACAAAUCCGCAGCCAUGGCGGCGGAGGCUGACAAAGUAGAGACCGCGGACAGCGAGCAAGAAGAGGAAGUGGAGGCUCAGUUCGAAGUGGAGCGGAUCAUCGACAUGCGGGUGGAAGAGGGUGAAGUGCUCUACAGAGUCCGCUGGAAGAACUACUGCUCGGACGAUGACACUUGGGAGCCAGAGGCCCACUUGGAGGACUGUCGUGAGGUCCUCUUGGCUUUUAAGAAGAACAUGGCUGAGAUCAAGAUCAAGAAAGAGGCAGAAGCCAAGAAGCCCCCGAAACCUCUGCCUUCAAAGAGCGAAUUGUUUGAUGCAAACUCAGACAUCGACAGUGACAAAGACCGUCCCACAGAGGCACCUGUCAAGAAGAAGAAAAAGAUAAGGGUACAGGAAGAAGAAGAAGAAGAAGUAAAAGAGGAACUACCUCCAAGGGACAAGAAGAAGAAGAAGAAGAAAGAGAAACGGAAGGAGCAGUUGAGGCCGAUCCCGGCACCAGACACCGACAAAGAGGAAGAAGAAGGAGAGAAAGCCCCGACUCCACCCUCUCCUCCAAAGGAGAAAAAGCCUGAUUUCAAAAAGCGUCUGGUUGAAUCUGAAGAUGAGGACGAUGAGCCUGUUCCCUCCAAAAAACACAAGAAGGAGAAGGAAAAAGAGGGAGGGAAACAAAAGAAGGACAAGGUAGAGGAGGGGAAGAAGAGGAAAGGGAAGAAGGACAGGAAGGUAGAAACCUCUGAAGAUGAGGCCGCUGCACCGCUGGAGGAGAACCAGAGCGACGGCCCAUCAGAGUCCCAAAUGGACGAUAAUGCAUCAACGGAUACGGUGACAAAGUCGGCAGAAAAAUCCCGCGUUGACGACAAGUCCAAACCUACCAAGGGGAGGUUGGAAGGGAAGCUGCAGGGCAUUAAAGACCUCAUCCAUGACAAAAAGAGCAAAAAGCCAGACGCCGCUCAGAAAGAAGGCCUCCAAAAACUGAAGAGCCUCACCUCGAAAGUGAAAGAGGACACUGCUCUGCACUCAGACUCUAGCGAUAGCUCCGCCCUUCACAAGAAAGCCAAGAGCAAAGGCCAGGAGAUCACGCCCGCACCCCCCAAAGCCCCGUCUUCCUCCACAUCCUCAUCGUCCUCCUCUUCCUCGGUCACACCCGCAGUCGGCCUCAAGUUGAGGGAGGAGGAGGUGGCUAAAGAGGAGCCGUUGGGAGCGAAGGACGCUACAGGCUCCACUAAUCUGUUUGAGAAGUUCCUGUUAAACUGCGAGGCCAAAGACCGUGCCCCCCGCAGGCAGCCCGGGCAUCAGGCCCCCCCAGAGAAGGCCAGCAGCAAACCCACAAAGCUAAUAGGAAAGAUUGAGAAGAUCCCCAAGACAACCAAAGAGUCUCCGGCUCAGAAAGCAGAGUCCGAGAAGACGGAGAAGAACAAGCAAUCGGAGGCCUCCAGACCUGGCCAGAGCUUUGGCUUCAGCCUGGACAGCGAGGAGAGGGAAGCAGAGGAGACUCCAGCAAAGCAGAAGCCUGGAGAAGAUUCCCGGGAGAGGAAGGAGAGAUCAGAGGAGGCACAGCGGCCCGGCUGGGAGAGGAAACCUCCCGCAGAGGACAGGAGGAAGAGGAGAGAAGACAGCGAGACCAGGCUCUUCAUGGCAUGUGACGACAAUCAGGACUCCCAGGACCCACCGGGGGGCGCUGACAAAUCUGACAAGGGCCAAGCCACUUUGAGUCUAGGAAUGGACCUGAACCUGGACUGGAUGACGCUGGAUGACUUCCAGAAACAUCUGAACGGAGACGACGAGAUCCUGUCAGGUCCUCCAUUAUCACCCAGUGAAUUGCGGGAAGCUGUGAAGAGUGGAGAUUACAUGGCUGUAAAGUUGGCUCUUAAUUCCAAAGAGGAGUACAAUCUGGACCAGGAGGAUAGCAGCGGUAUGUCUCUGAGCAUGCUGGCAGCAGUGGGGGGGCAGGACGACAUCCUCAGGCUGCUGAUAAGGAAGGGGGUGAAGGUGAACGGACGACAGAAGAACGGCACCACAGCGCUGAUGCACGCUGCUGAAAAGAACUUUCUGACAACCGUUGCUAUCCUGCUGGAGGCGGGCUCCUGCGUCAACGCUCAGACACUCAGUGGGGAGACGGCCCUGAUGAAGGCUUGCAAAAGAGGGAACGCUGACGUAGUGCGCCUCCUGCUGGAGUACGGAGCGGACUGCAACAUCAUGUCCAAAACCAAGACCGCUGCCAUGUACUUCGCCAAGCUGGGCAACAACCUGAUGGUGUGCGACCUGAUCAAGGACCACGUCAGCAUGCUGGCCAGUGUAGCGGAGGACGCCAUCAGAGCGUACUUUGAGUCUCGCCUGGUGCUGCUGGAGCCCGUCUUCCCUCUCGCCUGCCACCGGCUCUGUGAGGGGCCCGACUUCUCGCUGGAGUUCGGCUUCAAGUCACAGCCACAACAAGAGGGCUCGGGCAUCCUCCUCUUCAUCUUCCACGCCAACUUCCUGAAUGAGAUCACGGCGCGGCUCUGCGGACCCUGCAGCGUUCACGCCGUCGUGCUCAACGACAAGUUCCAGCUGCCCAUCUUCCUGGAUAGUCACUUCAUCUACUCCUUCAGCCCGGCUCCAGGCAUCAACAGACUCUUCAUUCGUCUGGCAGAGGCGCCAAUAGCCAAGGUCAAGCUACUCAUCUGUGCGUACAGAGUUCAGCUGCCAUAACGCCCCCUCUGGUCACCAACACAAUAAAACACACUACUCACACACACACACACACACACACACACACACACACACACACACACACACACACACACACACACAAUGGGCAGCAGCUUUGCAGAGCUUGUUGUCUUUCAAAGGAGGAGGAGGAGCUCGUUGGGAUCUCGUCACGUGAAUUGAAAUUAGAAGCUGGCUUUCCUCUGACGUCAGUGUAAAUUCCCAAAUUGAUGACAUUUGAAUCCUGUCCGCACUACUGCUCCAUUUUAUCCAACACUGAUGAUCUCCACAGUUCAAGUAGAGCUUGAUAAAAAUCCUGUCCAUUUGUUGGUGAAAUCAUCGCUACUCGGUCAGAAACUCCCAUCUCUCUCUUUGGAGCAACUCCCCAAAAAAAGAAAGCCCCUCCGCGGGUCGUGCCUUUCCCAGAGUUCUACUUGAUGUCAGCGUGGAUAUGAUAGAUGUGUGUGUUUGUAUAACUAGCCUGUGUGCAGAUUGAGAAUGUUUGUGGGUGCUUCAAGAGGGGAUUUUCCAUCACUUUUGUAACAUUUUCAAUGGACCAUGCUUUCCCACUUAUGUUUUCACUUUACUAAGGACUUAAUUCGGGAUAUUCACCUGUGGAUCAGUGUUGCCCUUGCAGAGGGAUUUAUCAGUGUCAGUCAAAACUCUAUAAAGAUUUGUUUUUGCAGAAAUAGAACAGCUUUAUUCAACACACAUUCAUUUGUACAUUUCUACACCCAAAUGUGGUUUUCAUUUGAUAUCAUAUUUGAUGCCAGCCUUAAUUUACAACAGCCGUUUGUUUCCCAGUAUCCACGACCAGUUUUCCAUCAGAGGAGUUUCACAUGCUAUUAUCACAAACACUGACUUACAUUUCCUGAUCAACAUACAAUUUAUGUACAUCCUUAAAAUGGGUUGAAUCCCCCUUUUGAAGGCCAGUAUCUCAUUUGCAACCCUUUCCACAGGUGAAUCCCCCAGAAUGAGGUGAUAAGUGUUUUUUUAUGAAUGAAGAAAGAGUCCUUUUGCCUUCCAUGCACAGAGUUCCUGUUUUUAUAUGUUCUGGUUUGUACAUACUUUAUAUAGGUAUAUUCAUAUAUACAGUUAUUCAAAUGUAAUCUGAUGACUGCUAAUGUUUAGUUGUUUUGUAUGUGCCCCUGUAGGAGAGGCUUAAGUUAUUUAGUUUGUACAGUCAAACGCUAUAAGGGCUAAACCUUAGAUCAACCACCCUGCUAAUAAAAGUUAGGAGUUUUUAAUUGGGAAAGCUUGUUGGCAGCCUUUUAGUUUCCGAUCAUUUGAGACAUUUUUACUCUGACGAUAAUUUUGUCAAAAUUUGAACCUAAAUCUGAGAAUACGUUUUAUUUUGAGCGUGAUUUAUGAACUCAUCUUAGGUCAGCAUAUUGUCUUUAAAAAUAUUUGAACAAUGCUUUUAAACUGUGUCCUCUCUGUCUGCAGUGCUAAAUGAACCACUGUGUUUGUCAGAAACACAAAACAGAUGAGCCCUGUCGAUGCUUUCCUUAAUAUCAAGAGUUUUCACCUUGUCUUGUCAAAAUUAAAAACGUGAAGAAGAAAUAAACCCAUUUGUACUA